AUGGCCCCGCCCCCUCAGACUGAACACAACGAUCUGUACAUGGCCCCGCCCCCUCAGACUGAACAUAGUGAUCAGUACAUAGCCCCGCCCCAUCAGACUGAACACAGUGAUCAGUACAUGGCCCCGCCCCCUCAGACUGAACACAGCGAUCUGUACAUGGCCCUGCCCCCUCAGACUGAACAUAGUGAUCAGUACAUGGCCCCACGGCUUCAGACUGAACACAGUGAUCAGUACAUGGCCCCACCCUCUGAGACUGAACACAGUGAUCAGUACAUGGCCCCACCCCCUGAGACUGAACACAGUGAUCAGUACAUGGCCCCACCCCCUGAGACUGAACAUAGUGAUCAGUACAUGGCCCCACCCCCUCAGACUGAACACAGUGAUCAGUACAUGGCCCCGCCCCCUCAGACUGAACACAGUGAUCGGUACAUAGCCCACCCACUCCAGACCCCAGACACAGUGAUCGGUACAUGGUCCGCCCCCUCAGACUGGGUGCAGUGAUCAGUGCAUGACCCACCCCUCAGACUGAACACAGCCCGAUCACCUUCCUGCAUGUGGCCCCGCCCCAUCAGACUGAACAUAGUGAUCAGUACAUGGCCCCACCCCCUCAGACUGAACAUAGUGAUCAGUGCAUGGCCCCGCCCCCUCAGACUGAACACAGUGAUCAGUACAUGGCCCCACCCCCUCAGACUGAACAUAGUGAUUAG